AUGCGGCGCAAGAAGAGGAGGCCUGCCCCAAAGCUCCAGUUGGGGACGCCCAGGAGGAACUGGGCAAGUCUGAAGGCAGCCCGGGUGGCGUCUCCUUGGCCCUCGGCGAGCCCCGGGAGCCUGGCGAAGAGCGCGUGUCGGGAGAAAAUAACGAUGGCCCAAACGCUGAGCGUCCUCCGUGUUGGCGAGGACUUGGUGGAGGCCGGCGCGGUGGAGGGAAGCGAGAGUUUCUCCAAACUGGAAAGCCAAGAUGGAGAGCGCCCCGGCGUUGCCCGGGUGGAACAUCCCCAAGGCCAAAACCCCCUCGAAGCCCAAAAGGAGCCUCUGGCCGCUCCGGAACCGGUCCGUGGUGGUGCCCCGUCAGCUCCUGAGGACCAGAGCGAGCGCGGGGUGGAUGCUCCCGCGCGGGACCGCAGCGGGAAGAUCGUGGGUUAUUUAACCGUGAAGGACAUAAGCAUCGAGAAGAUCAGCUUUGAUUAUUCCAGCUACGGAGAGGCGCAGCUCAGCGAGGGGGAUUUUGGCCACGUCACCGAAAUCUACGACUUCUCCCCGGCGCUGAAAACGGAGCACCUGAUGGAAACGUUCUCGGAUUUCCACGAGAGCGGCUUCAAAAUCCAGUGGGUCGACGACACGCACGCCCUGGGAAUCUUCUCCAGCCCGUCCUCAGCAUCUCAGGCCCUGGGGCGACGUUAUCCAUCUUUAAAGAUCCGACCGUUGAUCCACGCAACAAAGCAGUCUAAAGUCAAGGCACUUCAGCGACCAAAGCUCCUUCACCUUGCAAAAGAAAGACCCCAGACGGACACGGCGGUGGCAAAGAGGCUGGUGACCCGGGCGCUGGGGUUGAAGCACAAGCAGCAGGGUGGCUCAGGCACCGAAGUGCUCCUGCCGGAAAGCUUGGACCAAGAGGAAUAA